AUGCUUGACAUCACAGCCGUUCCCACGCGUGUUUUGACGUGCCCUUUCCCUGUUGUAUCCUUUAAUGUGGCCAUGCCACAGGACGCGUGGCCACUGCCGUCGCCGCUUCUGUUGCUGGUUGGACGCGAUAGAGCGUGUGCUGUUUCAUUGCAGGAACACAAUGUCUUCCUCCGCAAAUUUGUCCCACAAUACCAUCGCACGUUGGUGGCCGGUGCAUGCUGCAUGAUGGGCCGUGGCGACGGGGCUGUAUUGGCGCUGGCUGAUGCCGCUUCCACUGUGACACUGCACCGCGUCCACGGGAUGGCGCAUGACCUGGUUCCCAAUGACAGCAGCAGUGGCACAGUUUUCAUUGGCGAUACGUGGGAUGCUACUCCUCGGAUAGACUGUAUCACCGCUGUCUGUAGUGGUGGCUGUGGGGAUGUGGACGCUGUGUGCACCCGAAAAGGCGAGAGCGACACAGCGUGGGCUAUAUCAUUUGAGCGAGAAGAGGCGCAACGACUUAAACUGGAUAGCUCCCUGAAGCGGUUGUUUCCACAGUAUUGUUCAUCGCUGGAGCGGCAACAUCAGCAGACGGUAUCUGGGUGUUUUGUGGGUGCCACUCAGCACGGUGUGUCGCUGUUCUCUUCCACCACUGGGAGCACACUGCUGCAUUUCAAAUUGCCGAUUGGCAUGGGACAUGCUGAGGCGGUGCAGGCUAGCGGCUACGGGAUACCGUGGUAUGUGGUAGCCACAUCUUGUGGCGCCGCCCUUGUGUAUGAUCAGCGCCGUGCUGACCAACCAGUCUGGUCAAAACAACUUUGCGCCCUUAGCAGUCUGAACAGCUGCAGUAACACACCGGUACUGAUGACCAGUGGUAGUGGAGGUGUAUGGGCUAUUCGCGCCGCUGAACAGCUUCACCUUCUGCGCUGCACUGAAGGCUCUAUUGUCUGUCGCUCGUUUGCCUCACAGAGGUGUCUUCUUCCACCAGAACUUUCGGCCGCAGGGCUUUUCUUAACAAGUGAUGUUCUUCACAUCGUGGGGGGAAGAGAGGACCAAAAAGAAGAACCCUGA